CCAGCACAUCGAUUUUAUCAUCUUUCUAUCCAUCCAAUGCUUCCCUGAAGUCCUGCCAGAGCAUCGAGCUCAACAUGGUCGCCGGCAAGAAUACUCCUCAGGCCCUGGCGCGCGCUGCGCCAACGCCCAAACUCCCACCGUUGCCGAAGCUGCGGGUGCGCAAACCGACGCAGGGAGAUGCGAAUCCUUGUCUUGGGAUGAUGACGAGUGUUCUAGGUUGCUGGGCGUCGCAAGGGUACACCACCAAAGGCUGCGCAGUACUGGAGACACAGUUAAGAGCAUGUAUGGAUGCACGGAAAUCGCAGCAAGCGACCAAGAGCACCAUCAACUCCACCCUCGCACGCUUCUACCCCAAGAUCAUUGGACCACAUAAGAGGAAAUGAACGAAUUCAGGCGGUCCAGGGUGGAUGGAUGGCAUUCGAUGGCGUAUAGAGGCUUGGGCAUUCGAGGGAGCGGCAUUGCAAGGCGUUCUACAAAGCCCUCCCACAGGCAGGCCUUAGGCGUGAGGCUGUUUUGCUGAAAGCAUUGAACUGCAUGGGUUGGCGGCACUGCAUACGCGGGUUACAACCGGAAGCGCUGGGUCAAAGACGUGAAGGCUUGCGAUUCGCGUGGGUGGUUGCAUGGCCGGAGAUGCUCAAGCUCCCUAGACGCUUCCGGCAGAGUGCAUGUGGAUCUUCCACACUGGGGGCGAUGCUCCUGACAUGGAGCCAUGAGGUAGUCAACGUGAUUGACGGAGACUGACCGAGAUUUUACGACUUCAAGCAAGAGAUAUUUAGAGGGAGACAUGGUAUAUAUGUCACUCGGUGAGCUUCCUGUCAUCGUGCUCAACAGUCAUCACAUCGCGCAUUGAUUGAACUGUAU